CAGCUCCAGGAGCCGGCUCACAGCCUGCCCAGUGCGAGUUGCCGUAAACGGCUCGCCGCCCACCCCCUGUGUUUCGUGGCACCGAGUCAUGAUCCUGGGACAUGUAGUGUCCCUUCCAUCACCGGGUAAUGGUCCAAUAUGUUUAUUUUUGCCACAAAGGAACCCGCUGGGGGAGGACCUUGCGUGUUGUUGGAAUCACGCUGUCAUUAGUAAUGGAUUUCUAGAAACUUUCCACACAUGCAUGCGGCCAGUUUUUCUUGUUCUUUUGGCUGAGUGGCCGUUUCCAGCUGCGUCGCUCCAGCUGUUCGUCCCCUCCCUCAUUGUCUCUGGGUGCAAUAAAUCAGACGCAGAGAAGCCCAUUGCCAUGUAUGUGGAAUUCUACACAAGGAAUAUCCGAACUCACCAAAUCUUUUCGCUGUGUAUGCCAAGUCCGGGGCUCUGCAAAAAUAAUAGCGUGUGCGGGAAACAUGGGACACGUCAUGACACCAGAAUUCACAGGAUUAUUGCAAUGAGCCUGCCAAGCUACACUCUUGCUUGAUUUUGUGCUGACUUGCUUCGUCCUUUUAUCAGACGACAUGCCCAGCCAUACAUCUUGUUGAAUGCUCUCUUCUCUUUGCUCCACUCUGUUAUUCACCAACUCGCACGCCGCCAGCCUCCUUUCAACCCUCCCCCUUUUUUGAUAUCGCUACUGCCUUGCUCCAUAUACCAUUU